GGGGUCGCGGCGGCGCUCGGGGCGGACGCGGUCUCUGUCGCCCGCGGCGUCUGUUGGCUCCGCCUGGCCCCGCCGCCCUCCGAGCGCCUGUCAACCCGCCGGCCCGCCCGAGCUCGGCCGUGUGCCCCGGCUAGCCCGGGGGUCCGGGCGGCGCCCCCACGGCGGCGGCCCCGCGGGACGCGUGGACCGAGCCCCCGUCCGCGGCGGACGGCGCCAUGCGGCACCUGCCCUACUUCUGCCGCGGGCCCGUGGUGCGGGGCUUCGGCCGCGGCUCCCGGCAGCUGGGCAUCCCCACGGCCAACUUCCCCGAGCAGGUGGUGGACAGCCUGCCCGCGGACCUGCCCACGGGCAUCUACUGCGGCUGGGCCAGCGUGGGCGGCGGGCCCGUGCUCCCGAUGGUGGCCAGCGUGGGCUGGAACCCCUACUACGGCAACGCCAAGAAGUCGGUGGAAACUCAUAUCAUGCACACCUUCAAAGAGGACUUCUAUGGAGAAAUCCUCAACGUGGCCAUCGUCAGCUACCUCAGACCAGAAAAAAAUUUUGAUUCUUUAGAAUCACUGAUUUCAGCAAUUCAAGGCGAUAUUGAGGAAGCUAAGAAACGACUAGAUUUACCAGAACAUUUGAAACUCAAAGAAGACAGUUUCUUCCAGGUUCCUAAAGGCAAAAUAAUGAAUGGCCACUGAUGAAAAUCAUUUAUUCAUUCACUGUUUUCUAGUAUUUUGCUGCUCAUACUAUGUAGUUUCAUCAUCAUAUAUUUUAUAAAUCAGACCUAUUCCUGCAACUGUGGAUUAGUUUAAACAGUACAGUAUAUUCUAGUUACUGUAUUACGCUUCAGCUGUUAAAUUAAACCCACCAGGCUGUCCUACUAAAAUGAUUCAUUUUAAGAAUCAGAACUCUUUUUUAUGUAUUAUGUUGAUUAGAAUGGACUGGUAGAAUCAUCUUUCAUAUUUUCUGAUAAGAUGGAAUGUAUGUAAGUUUGGGUGAAAAGGCUUAUCACUAGUUUGAGAUGAAACUAUUUUCAUGGUAAAUUACUAGAAUGUAUGUAUUUGGAUGGCACGUGCUAUUGAACAGAGAAGACUUAUAAAAGCAAAUUCAUAGAUGAUAGUUUAUUAUAAAUCUAGUAGGAAUAACCCAAAUUGUUCUUUCGAUGUUUUUAACGUUAAUGUAUUAUUACGACCUGAAGAAUGGUGAAGUUUCAUUUCAGUUAGUUGUUUCUCCUAUGAGAUCAAAUCAUUGUUCUGUGUAUCACUUUUACAGUUGCCUGAAAUCUUAAUGUAGAUUUCCUCUGCCUGUUCUUGUUUGUCUUUUAAAACAGUAAAAUGAAUACCUUCCAAAUCUC